CUUUCAAAGAUAUUUUAAAAUGUCAUAAAAAUGAAAUAGUCUAAAAGUAAAUAAACAAAACCUAUAAAGUCGCAAUGGCUCCAAAGCUAAAGUUCGCUGAAGGUGAAAAAGUGUUGUGCUUCCAUGGUCCCCUCAUUUACGAGGCAAAAUGUCUGAAGAGUUCUGUAACUAAAGACAAGCAUGUCAGGUAUUUGAUACAUUACGCUGGUUGGAAUAAAAAUUGGGAUGAAUGGGUACCCGAAAGCAGAGUGCUAAAAUACAAUGAAGCUAAUGUCCAGCGACAGAAAGAGGUCCAGAGAGCUCACUCAGCACAGCCAGCUAAGACAAAAAAAACACCAGCUAAAGGCCGUAAAUCUGAAGCAGCCACCAGCUCUACUCCAGCCAGAGAAGAGUCUCGAGCCUCCACGCCUGCAGGUAAAGACACAGAUACAACACCCGCUCCAGCUAAAGCUACGAAGACUCAAAGUAAAGACACUCCUGCCGACUCAGGAUCUGAUCAGCCUAAGAAGAAAAGAGGUCGCCUUGACUUGUCGAUCGAGUCAGAAGAACAAUACCUAGCAAAAGUUGAAGUAAAAAUUAAAAUACCAGAAGAGUUAAAAGUUUGGCUCGUUGACGACUGGGACGUCAUUACCAGACAACAAAAAUUAGCAAUAUUACCUGCUAAAUUGACAGUCUCACAAAUCGUGGAUAAUUAUUUAGCAUCUAAAAAGUCGAGUAAACUACACAAUCAGGCCAAGGAAUCAGUUUUAGUCGAUAUAACUGAAGGAAUAAAGGAAUACUUCAAUGCUACGCUGGGAUCUCAACUGUUGUACAAAUUCGAAAGGCCACAGUACAGCGAGAUAUUGCAGGAAUAUCCAGACACACCCAUGUCUCAAAUAUAUGGAUCUAUACAUUUACUAAGACUGUUCGCUAAGUUGGGUCCAAUGUUAGCUUAUACGGCAUUGGAUGAAAAAUCCCUACAGCAUGUAUUGACUCAUAUACAAGAUUUUUUGAAAUACAUGGUUACGAAUAGAUCGACAUUGUUCAACUUGCAAGACUAUGGGAACGCUACUCCUGAAUAUCACAGGAAAGUUCAAUAAUGUUUUAGUUUUAAGUUUGUUAGUGAUCAAUAAAGUUUUAACCUUGAGUAGGUAAUAAACAUUUUUGGUCUAA